AUGAACAAGGAAGAAAACAAGAAAAAUAUGAAGUGUCAUGUGAAAGGUCAGAGGGGUGCUUCCAGUGUUGAGCUACCACUGGUCAAAUCAAGUUUUGAAUUGGCAAGAAAUUUCAGCAUCAAACUGGAGGAAAGAAAGACCAAACAUGAAAAAAUAUGUGCACCUAUAACAGAAGUUGAAGCUCUUAGGAACAAAAAAGACCAGCCAUUAACUACUCCACAAUUCAAGUUAUCUAUGUUUGCAACAACUUCCAACAAAGAGCCUGAGCCAAAGAAAAAUGUUUCAGAUAAUACAAGUAGGACUAAACUACCUAACACUCAUGCUGAAAAAAGUAUAGAGAGGGAAGUAUCUUUAAAAACAAACAAAGGAUUGAAGAUUCAAGAUCCAAAAGAUCAAUCUUUGAUUUCUAAAAGGAAUCAACCUUUAGUUUCUAAAAUCCAAAAUUCAAAAGGACAGUCUUUGUCUUAA